AUUCAACAUGUUAUGGGUGCUCUCUCCGAGGUUCGCGUUCAAUAAAAUCUUUCAAUCCGUUUUGCCCAGUAUAUAAACAAAUUGAAAAUAAUUUUUCACCAUUACUUAUUUGAUUAUCAAACCAGUAACAUGCCACCCAAAGUAGGAACUAAAGGAGCCAAGAAGGCCGUCACCAAGGCAAAGACUGCCAGACCCGGCGGUGACAAGAAAAGGAGGAGGAAGAGACGUGAAUCCUAUGCUAUCUACAUCUACAAAGUCUUGAGACAAGUUCACCCCGACACCGGAGUGUCCUCAAAGGCAAUGUCCAUCAUGAACAGCUUCGUCAACGAUAUCUUCGAGAGAAUCGCAGCAGAGGCUUCCCGAUUGGCACACUACAACAAAAGAUCUACCAUCACAUCUCGGGAGAUCCAGACCGCUGUCCGUCUUCUCUUACCCGGAGAAUUGGCCAAGCACGCUGUCAGUGAAGGUACCAAAGCCGUCACUAAAUACACCAGCAGCAAGUAAACAGUCUGAAGUUUAUAACUUCACAAACGGCCCUUUUCAGGGCCACCAACAUUUUUCAAAAAGAAUUUACAAUUGUUGUACAUCAUGUCAAACUUCUAAACAAAGCUAUAAAUCCCAACCCCCAGCUAUAACUACUUUCAAACUAUUUCAAUAGUAUAUGGUUACUUUUCUCUUCUUUCUAUCUGUAUAAC